AUGGCUGAGCUGAGGAUAGACUACAAUCAUUCCAAGUACAUGUCGCUUCUAUCAAUUCAGGUACUCGGCCUUCAGCACAGAACUUUCUUCUAUUUUCUCACGGCGCCAGCCAGCCGAGCCCCAACACCCGAGCACAAGCGUGAGAAAGGAAGAAAAAUCAACGAAACGCACUACGAUCUUCUCCCCUUGAGCACCCAUGACCUGCCAUAUCCAACCGGAGCUGGGCCAUCCCGGCAAGAACAAAGCCCGCCUCGCGUCCCAAGCAUAGCAGAUUUCGAGGAUUUCGAGCACCGCAGGACUUUGGACCUGCGCCGUUUGCCGUCGAGGACGAAAAAGCGGCCGAAACACGACGGUCACGACAGAGCCGCUGAACUGGCGGAAUCGUAUCGAGUCAUUCUGCCUGACCCUGAGACAAUGUUCGCGGACGACGACGACGAUGCGGACGAUGCGGACGACGAAGUCACGGGAGAUGACGACGACAUCGUACCGCAAGGCGGAGAGUGCACUCAUUGCGGUGGAGAAUCGCUUCCCAGCCCACAACAAACAACCCCUGCCAGGCGGACAAGCUCACCCGGGUCCCUUCCCAACAUGAAGUCACCGUCCAACUCGACGAGUCCCAUCUGGGCAACCUCAGUCACAUCCUCCACCACCACGACGGCAGCAGCCGAACUAAAUCGACAACCGGACCCCCAAUCCCACCCGUACCCCAGCCAAGACAGCUCCGCCGGCAUACAUAUUUGCACCCAGUUGUUGGCCGACGAGCUGACAGCGGCCCUUUCCUUGCAAUGGCGAGCCGUAGGUGACAUCUCCAUCGACAUCGACACCUAUUCGGAGAAGGAAGACGCCGUGACGCACAUGAUGCAGCCGCAGCGAUCGACGCAGAAAGUGCAAGUGCUGCUGAUGAUUGAGGCGUACGAGGGCGUGUUGAGGAGGUGUAAACAGGAACUGCAAGAUCUGUCGGAGGCGAUGGGGCGAGCAGAGGCCGGGGGCAGCAAUGAUGCGGCUGCGCGCAAGCGCGCGGUGAGGAGGCGCCAGGUUGGGGAGGCGGUGCCCGUCUUGGAGCACUGGUUGGAAACCUUGCGUGCGCUUUAUGUUGGGGUGUUUAUGGACGAUGCGCCAGACGGUGGGCUCAGGCUGUGAUUUGGUAUUGUGACUGUCCGACGGUCGGUUCCAUUGUUGAUGUUGACUGGGUUUCGUCUGUCAGAGAG